GGAUGAAGGAGGAGGCGGGACAGAUCGAUGGAUCUGCUGGGCUGGCCUUGCUUCAAGCGCUCCGCCUAGACCGCCCUGGAGGAUCCCGCGUGGAGCUUUUCGCAGCCCGGACGGGGCCGCCAUGCAAAGGCCGAGCGGGUCUUCCUGCGGUUGCAUCGUGUGCGGCGAAGGCGGGCGGGGCGCUGCCAAGUACCGCUGCCCGGCCUGCCUGGAGCGAUAUUGUUCGGUGACCUGCUACAAGAAGCACAAAGAACAAUGUGCAUCCGAAGCAGAGCCAGGCUUGCAGCCUGCAAAUCACAAUGCUUCCCAGGGUGUCCGGACGGCGGCAUCGUUCAACGCUGAAGGAAGUUCUUGGUCGGUGGACGAUAUUUUGUCAGAAGACGAUGGAGAUGAUAAGGUGCCUCUGCAGAAACUCCACCUCUUAAGGCAGUCGGAAGAACUCAAAGGCAUCCUCCUCAAUCCCCACCUCCGCCAGCUGCUUCUCACCGUCGACCAGGCCAAAGACAAGAGUGCAAUUCUGAAGAAGUACAUGCAGGAGCCGCUGUUUGCGGAGUUUGCAGACUGUUGCCUGGGGAUUGUGGAGCCCCCUGAGAAGGAGAACGAACGUCCGGAGUGACAUGUUUUGUUAGGAGCAGGUAGAGGAUGCUCCGGAAGAGGAGGGCUUGUUGUUUGCAGGCAGGGAAGAUGGGGCACUUCUUGUUUCUAACUCCUAGAUCUCCAUAGGCUAGAAUUCCUAGCCUGCUUUUUUAGGGUGGACAGGCCACUUCCCCUAUAGAGGUGAGGCCUGGAUUUUGGGGGAAGUAAGGGCUUACACACACUGCGUUGGCGGUGUCCUGAAAGCUGCACCUCUGUGAGCUUUUAACUAUCUUCACACUGUGUUGGCUGUAAAAAAAAAAAAAAAAAGAGCCCAGGUUUGGAACAGGAGGCAGUAGCCUCUUGAGACAUGAACUGGCUUAACGGAGACUUGAUUCCACUUCCACCACGUGGGAUCAGUGGCGCCAGAACAUAGGCGCAGUCAAGAGCCAGGCUGGAUGCGGUAGCGGGGACCUGUCACCUGCUCUUUCAUGCACAUUACAUUUCUGUGAAAAGCAGACCCUGGGUGCAGGGGGCCGUUUGGACAGGGGCCAUACCGAUGGGGGUGGUUGUAGGGUGUGUGCACAGGAGAAACCAUUUCCCUUUGCAGGUCCUUAGUAACCCUUUCCCUCCGGAUACGGUUCCCUAUCAGGGUGCUUAGGAGGAAGUGCCCCCCUCCCCAAAGGCCACAGAGGGAAAAAGGCUUCAGCUUUUCCCCACGACCUCAAUCAGGGUGGAAAAACCAAAACAGCAAGGCAUUUAAUAAUUACAGUCUUUAUUAAAAUAGUCUUGAUAUGCAGAAAACUGGGUGCAGCAAGGACUUGACCUGUUCUCUGAAUUGUCUCUGAGCUGUUUGAAAUGCUGAACAGCCAGAGCCCAGUGGCUUCAUCUUGCCCUGGAGUAGCCAACCUGAUGCCCUCCAUUUGUCUUGGCCUACAGCGUCUCAUCUGCCCCCAGCCAGCACAGCAGUGUCCUAACAGGGGUCAGUGGGAGCUGUAGUCCAAGAUAGCUGGAGGGCACCAGGUUGCCAAAGGCUGCCUCAGAAGAAUUACUGGUGUACAUCUGGGUUUCUAAAAUGCCAAAAAAGCAACAGUGUGUUUGUCACUACCUGUCUGGGAGAACAACCCUGUAUUGAAAUAAAGUUUUUAAAAAAUA